CUCUACACAAUCUCAAAACCCACACCUUUUCUCUUCCUUCUCCCUCUCUUCUUCUUUCGCCCCAUUUCACUUCCACCAUUUUUCACAACAGUUUCUCGGUCAUGAGUUUGAGAUGCGUGAUUUUGGUCCUAGUGCUUCUGCCAUACAUGGCUUCUGGGGGUUCCAUUGUGAAGAACCUCCCUGGUUACGAGGGUCACCUUCCAUUCAACCUUGAAACUGGAUACAUAGGAGUGGGAGGAGAAAAAGAGGUGCAAAUAUUUUAUUUAUUUGUGGAAUCUCAAAGAAAUCCCUUCGUUGAUCCAGUGUUACUUUGGCUCGUUGGAGGUCCAGGUUGCUCUGCCCUUUCAGCAUUCUUUUUUGAAAAUGGGCCUUUAGUAAUGAAUGGCAACUACACUGGAAGCCUUCCAAAACUUGAGUUGAACCCAUAUUCGUGGUCAGACACGUUGAAUAUGAUGUAUAUAGAUAUUCCAGUAGGCACAGGAUUUUCAUACUCAGAAACGCAAGAAGGCUAUUACAGUAGUGAUGUACUAUGGGUGGAGCAUGCUUAUGAAUUCCUACAAAAGUGGUUUAUUGAUCAUCCAAAGUUUAGGCCAAAUCCAUUUUACAUUGGUGGUGGCUCAUAUUCAGGAAUAAUUACUGGUCCUCUUGUUCAAAAAGUAUAUGAAGGUUACAUAGCAAGACAGGUGCCACUCAUAAACAUCAAGGGUUAUUUGCUCGCAAGCCCUGCCGUUGACACGUAUCAGGAUACGAACAUGAAGGUUUUAUAUGCAUACCAAAGGACUCUAAUACCAGAAGCACUCUAUAAGUCGAUGAAAGAAAAUUGUAACGAUAAUUAUGUUAUCAUUGAUCCAGAAAAUGCAAAGUGUGUCUCAGAUUAUGAAGCUUAUUCUGAGCUAGUUCGUUACAUAAACGAACAACAAAUUAUGGAACCUCUUUGUAUUACUACGCCUGCCCUGACUCGAGAGAUUCUACAGCAAGUUCAAGAUCCUUCAACAUUCUGGUGUAGAAGCUAUUACCAUAUACUUGUUGACGCAUGGGCAAAUGAUGAAAAUGUGAGGAAGGCCCUUCAUGUAAGAGAGGGAACUAAAGAGGAAUUCUUGAGAUGCAACAAGACUUUGGCAUACACCACAACUCGACUAAGCACAGUAGAAUUCUAUCGGAAUCUCACUAAUGCCAACCUCCAAGCUCUUGUUUACUGUUCUGAUCUUGAUAUGAGUAUGCCACACCUGGGAACACAACAUUGGAUCAAUUCAUUCAAUAUGAGCAUACAUGACAAAUGGCAUGCAUGGUUUGUUGAAGGUCAAGUGGCCGGAUAUACCGAAAUCUACAAAAUGAAAGAAGACCAUUACUUAACAUAUGUGAUCGUCAAGGGUGCUGGACAUGUGGCCCAAACAUUUAAACCCAAGGAAGUUUAUCAUUUGAUCAAUAGAUGGUUUUCAUUUUCUCUUAUCUAAGGUUAUGCUCCAACUUGAUGGAACAUUUCUAUUUAUCUAUAAACAAAAUAUCAAUUUUUUUCCCAUAACUAUCAAUUAGUCAUUUAUCUAUUUAUAUUUUAUGAAAAUUGACACGCAGUUGUAAUAGUGACAUCUCAGUAAUGUUUAAUGUAACUAAAGCACAUCAACAUGCAAUUUGUCGAAGAAAAAUAUAUCAAUUUUAGUUUAAUUUUUCA